CAGAGGUGCUAACGGGGAGCGUAUAGACUGAUUUCACACACAGCAUAGGGAGGAGCAGGCAUCAAUGUGGAAACUCGCACACACAAACUGAUGCCCGUGCACAGGGAGAAAGCAGGAGGUGAACCGAGACUUGCAGAGUGUCCACUUGCUACAGUAGACAUGUAGGAGGAGUAGCUACUCUGUUCGCUGUUUCAGCUGUGUUUUAGUCCAGCAAGCACCUCCCAUCCCCCCCCUGAGUGCUCGCUCCCUGGUCUGCGGUUGCUAAGGGGCUGGCUGGAAUGACCCGGGUAAGUAGGAGACACAAGAAGAUGCGCUAGAUGGGGCUGCCGGCUGAGAGGACUCUCUGAUCCCUGAUCCCUCCUCUUCUCCAUGCUGACACACAGACUGAGAAGCUCUGAUCCACAAUACAGAUGCAUGCCCAUAUAGGAGGGCACCGCUGUGCAGACCAGGAGUCUUCAACAGGCACAGCUUGAGAGGAGGACCUCCACAGAGACACGCAGAUACUCCCACUGCAACCCUGAGUGUGUUUAUGGGAGUUUCCUGCUGAAGGGGAGACCUUUCCUGGGGAGACCUUUCCUGCAGUCACCUUUCUUUUCCUAAGAUCAUAAUGAACAGGUGAAUGAUUGGGACACAGAGAACAGCCUUUGCAGCUCAACCUUCUCCCAUGUUGCUCCCUCCUCUCGGGGAAUGGCCAAGGUCCAGGAUGGACACACUAACGCAUGUGAAAGCACUGACAUGUUAGAGGAGAGCCAGGAUGGUAUGGACAGUGGAACCCUAAGUCCUCCCUCAGCUCGACAGGUUACCAUCAAGCGUCACCCAACUCAAGGCUUCGGCUUCAUAGCAGGCAGUCAGAGGCCUGUCAUUGUUCGCUCCGUCUCUGCCGACGGCCCCUCCUUUGGAAAACUUCUCCCUGGAGACCAGAUCUUGGCCAUAAACGAAGAGACGGUGAGCGACGCUCCCCGAGAGAGAGUCAUAGACCUUGUAAGACGCUGCAAAGACACCAUAGUGCUCAGUGUGCUGCAGCCCCAUCAGUCACCAAAGUCUGCCUUCAUAAGUGCAGCCACAAAGGCCCGCCUGCGAACCAAUCCUCCUAAAGUGCGCUUUUCAGAGCAAGUGUCGAUCAGCGACCCGGACUCAACAAUGCUUAAGGACGACUCCUUGCUACUCAUACCAAAUGUACUGAAGGUGUUCUUGGAGAACGGACAGAUUAAGUCUUUCACGUUCGACAGCCGCACCACUGUUAGGGAUGUGAUCUCCUCCCUGCAGGACCGCCUCUCUUUGCGCUACAUUGAGCACUUUGCUUUGGUGCUGGAGGCAGGUGGGCUGGACCAGAAUCAGAAGUUGCAUCUGCUGCAGGAGAAUCAGCCACUGACACACGUGGUGCACAGAACCUAUUUCCAGGGGAUGAAGUGUCUGUUCCGUGUGUGCUUCUUCCCCAAGGACCCCGCAGACCUGUUAAGAAGGGACCCUGCUGCAUUUGAGUACCUCUAUAUACAGAGUCGCAAUGAUGUUAUCAAGGAGCGCUUUAGCAUGGACUGGAAAUCUGACGUCAUGUUGCGACUGGCCGCGCUCCAUAUCUACAUCACUGUGUCUUCUGCAAGGCCUAAUCAGAAGAUUUCGCUCAAACAUGUUGAAAAAGAGUGGGGGCUAGAACCUUUUCUCCCACUCACUCUACUUCCCACAAUGAAGGAAAAGAAUGUGUGUAAAUCUCUGUCUCAGCUGCUGAAGACAUACCAACAUCCACCUCCAUCGGGGAAUAAGGUUCCUCCACUCCAAGGAAAGCUACAGUACAUGCGAAUACUCAACGACCUUCCACCAUUUGGUGGAAUACUGUUUCACACUGUGGGACUGGAUGAAAAACAGUCUGCUACAACAUUACUGGUGGGGCCUCGACAUGGCAUCAGUCAUGUAAUUGACCUGAAAAACAACCUCACAACGGUUCUGGUUGAAUUUAGCAGGAUUUCCAAGGUGCAGCUUUACAGAGAGAGUCAAGGAGUGGCCCGUGUUGAAAUAUCAAUCCAUGAGGCCAAGCCUCUGGUUUUACUCAUGGAAUGGCCUGAUGCCAGUAACUUUGCGUGCCUCAUCUCUGGCUACUAUAAGCUAUUUGUAGACCCUAAACGAACCAUCUAUGUUCGAAACUUUGGUCAAGCUCAGCUGACCAAACCAGAUUACAGAAGUUCCCACCAUCCUCACCCACGAGCUGGGGCAGCUGGAUUGCAAAGUGGAGGGCGGCGAGGGGAGGAGAGGGAAAGUUCGCACAGAGAGUCAGGAAGUUCAAGACCUAUGGUUCCUGCAGAACCUCAACAUCUAGGCUUGUGUCACGUCCACCUUAGAGAGCAGCAGCAAUUUCAGGAGCUCCAAGUGCACCAAGAAGCUGAACUUGACAUCAACGAUAACUUUAUUUCUCAUGAGCCCCCUGGUCGAGCCCGUACCAAAUCAGAUCCCACACAGGAGAGUACAGAGGAAAUAGCUGGGGUUUUAGAGAGCCCAGCUGUGGAGAACACGGGAUUUCGAGUGAGAGCCCAAACAAUGGGUCAAUCAAAGAAAACCUCAAGGUACUUCUGUGACUCCUGCAAAGCCAGGCUGAGGGCCGAGGGUCACACAGCGGUUGCAAACAGCAGUGGGAGCUCUGGGCGUCAUUGCUCCAGUGCCUGUGCCUCUCGAGAUGGAGGCGCUGUGGACCUCAUGGCUCUCCCACCUCCUGGAAAUGAAGAAGAGGAGGAGGCAGACAAUGGCGGUGAAAAAUUGCAACCACCACCACCAGCUAUUGCUGCACCACCACCUGGCUUCAGGGAUAAUAGUUCUGAUGAGGAUGAUCCAAAGAGAGCAAAGAAGGCACGAUCAAGCGCUAGUGUUGAGGUUGCCACAGGAAAACUCACACAGACUAAAGAAGAUGUGCCUGUGACACUGAUUGAUAACGUAGCCACAAGAACCGUUCGAGAUCAUGCCCAGGAGCUCGAUGAUGCUCUGGUGUCCACCUUGCAGGCGCUUGAGGCUUUGGCAGCCUCCGAGGACUACCCACAUCACCCUCAACAACCAACACAGACUGCAGGUUUGAUUGUUUUAGCUGCAAUAACACCUGAGUCAUCAUUGGAUUCAGGUCAUGAGACCAACUCCUCUGAGUUGACAGAUGUCUCGGAGAUGGUGUCAGCAAUGAAGCAAAACCAGAACCAGGCAUAUCUCCUAGCUCACCAUAUCAACAAGGAGCGUAUUCUCUGCCGUCGUGACUUUCCCAUGGCUAUUCCUGGUUGCACAGCAAAAGCCAUAGGGACUGGAGCCUUCACUGUGGGUCAGAUCCGUGCUGGUUGCCCACCAAAGCAAGUAAUCCUUAGCAAGACUGUUCCCUUUAAAGUAAGCCCUGCCCAAGAUUCAGCAAUACUUAGGGUUGUGACAGAACAAGGUGCCAAUCAAGACAGAUCUCAAACUGAACAGAGAGCAGAGUUAAAAUCAAUCUCUGAGUCUGCCAAAGCAAACCCCACUGACUCUGAUUCUAAGCCAACAGAAGAACCUAAAAAGGCUGACAUGUCAUUGACAGUUCAAGUCUGUACAGAUCAGAAAUUAUCCAACUCUUCAGAAGUAACACAAACUCAAAAUCUUUCAGAUGGUGUGAAGAUUAAGACAGCAGCACCUCUUACUGUAAAUACAAUAAACAAAGCCUUACCUAAAAUUUUGCCUGUGGACACAAGUGUCUCUAUCAAAACCACCCCAACUAAUAUAUGCCAAGAAACCAAGACUGCCUCCAGUGAGACCAUGAAGCCUUCAAGCUCUACAGAACUUCUGCCGGUGGAUGACCUUUUCUGCACAUGUCCAGUAAAACAGGAGCCUGCACCUCAACUAAGACUAAAAGACCCACAGGUUCAAAAGAUAGUGGUGUUUCAGUCAUCCUCUCCGACAGAUGAUGAGCGUCUUCGAGCUAAGGGCCUCCAGUUGGCUAAUAAUAAAGAAAAUGCUGCAAGAGUAGGAGCAGAUCCUAAUUUGGCAAAACCAAGUCCUCAAGUGCAAAGCAAGUUAUCCCCUCAUUUGGCUGGAAAGGUAGAGAGGAAGGAAACCUCUGAAAACAAGACUGAGGAGGCCCUGGGAAAAACCAGCACAGAGUCACAGAAUCAGAAAUGCACCAUAAAAUCCUUACCUAUUUUAGAUGAUCUAACAACUCGAAGUCUCAAUGUGGAAAAAGUAUCCACUCUUCCAGCUAAAGACUCAAAGAAGCAGGGUACUGGUAAGAAGUCACAGCGCAACGCUCCUUUCUUGAGCUUUAGAAACCUACUUUCAGCAACAUUUCCCGCAAGAAUGAGAAGAGAGACAGAUGAGAGAAGGGCACAGCUACAAAAAGUUCGUCAGUAUGAAUUAGAGUUUUUAGAGGAACUGCUGAAACCCAAGUCUUCACAAGGUGAAUUUAUACCCCAAGGGUCUUCUCCUAUUCCAUCAGGUACUCCUUGUGCCUGCCAACUCCGUACCAGUCCUGUCCUUAAAGCACCAGGAAUCUCCAGAGAGCAGCGGCGCAGUUGUGACUGUAAACGAAUGUGCAGGGGUAUGCGACUACCUGACACACCAUUGGGAACCACUACAGAGACACAAAAUCGAGGCAGAGACAGAACUAUCUCAAAGACCCCUCCAACAGUUUCAAAAGCUCCUCAUGCUGAAGGUGCCACAAGGAGACCUCAAAAUCUAGAGAUAAAGACAACAAGAAUCCGAUCUACCAGUCUUGAGUCAAGAGAGCCAAGGGGAAACCAAAGCUCUUGUUUGCCAACUUGCACUUCUCAAACCGAUUGCAUGGGAGCUCCACAAUACAAAAAGCUUCAAAGACGAUACAGUUUUGGAGAGCUGGACAAUAGUUCGAGCACACCUGUGUAUGCUGAAGUGAAGCCAAAAGCCAAAAGUCUGGAAAAAGAAAUGGAAAGAGUGAGGGCCACGGGGCUGAGGCUACCGACUCCUGUCGAGCCGAUUCACACUCAGUCUCACCAGGCAGAGGCGAAAGGCAAAAGGGGUGUCUUUUUUAUUCAGGGAGAAGAACUGCUACGAGAUACUAAAGAGGGGACUGGGGAGGUUCUGCUCACAUUGCCCAGUGAAGACAGCGAUGACAAAGAUAAAUGCUGCUCAUUUUGUUUCUGUUACAGGAAGUGUGAAGCUGCAGAUGAAAGUAGUGACAAAGAUGAACUCUCAUACUCCAUACCCCUACAAGUCCUCCCAGGCAUGGAGGUGGACUCUCGUACCUUUCCUGUUGUGAGCAAAACACUCCAGGUCCUAAAUGCAGAGGAUUGCAGUGGGGAAGAAGAGGAAGAGGAGGAACCGCAGACACAAGAUAUUGAUCUAAGAACAUGUGGCACACUGGAGGGAAGCCUUGCACGUGUACAGGCUUUACAGGGGAAAAGUUUCAGUUUACCGGAUGGUUUUCUAAACGCUCAGCUGGAUGCUAAUGAGUUGCUAGCUAUUCUUCGACAAUGUGCUAACAGCCCACAGGCUGAAGGUGAAGCACGCCUUCAGUCCUCACGGAUUGCUGAAUACAAACAGGAACUGGCAGUGCGGUUCAAAGAGUUCAGGGCAUCAUGUCGACGGGUGGCAAGUGUUGAAAAAAGCCCAACACAAAUGCUUGCUGUUGUUUCAGACAGCUUCCAGGUGUUGUGCGAACUAACUCAGACCUUCAUCAAACUGGUUCGAGGAGUCCGCUCGGAAGCCCAGAGGCUACAGUUGUUGAGAAAAGUGGAAGAAGUUGCAAUCAACUACACCUUGCUUCUUCGUGCAGCAGAAGAGUCCAUGGGGCACUCAAGCAGUUUGCCAACAAAGACAAUGAGCCCACAGAUUUUCUCCAAUACCAGUAAUAUGAGCUCACUUACACGACCCAUUAAAACUCUGCCUACCCAGUAGAAGUAAAUCUGGCAGGAACAUGGGUAGCUAUGUUAUCCAAAUUCAUCAUUUAUUUAGCGUUUACAAUUUUUUUACUAAAUCUGCAAUGAAUCAUCCUCAGUAAAAAAUGCAAGUAUUUCAUCCCAUGUUUACAGGUCCUGAGGUAGCUUUGUUUUGAAAAAAGAAAACAGAGAUACACCAAAUUAAUGCACAAUGGAGUAAGAACUCUUCAGCAGAAUGGGUGAUACAGGGCUAAUCACCUCAUAUGAACAUUCACAAUACAUUAUAUAUAAAUAUAUAUAUAUAUCAUUCUAGUGAAAUAUUUUAUACAUAUAUAUGUAAUAUGUAUAUUUUAGUUGUGUCUAUAUAGCAAAUGAUAUUAAGUUUGUGAAGAAAUUAAAUAAUAAAUAUAUUUAAAAUAUACAGGAUGAAUAUAAUUAUGAGAUUGAUGAUACAUCAGGAGCACAGGUAUAUGCUUUGGACAAAUACAGUUCUGUGAUCUUGACUGCAGGGACUUCGAUAAACUGAAUAGUCCAAAUGGUUUGGUUGGUUAGGAUUUGGUGUGUUUGUAGAAUUUGUUACCUGUUGUAAUGCAAAAAUGAUCUCUGUUGGCUGUCCCGGCGAUGUGUGGCAUAUGAAUAUGAUCCAAAAUGCAAGUGAAAAAGUUGCAGUGAACAAAAAGUGUUUCAACAGGCUGUACUGUUGAUCACGGCCCCAUUCUAUCAUUUUUUAAACAGCAGGUAUGGAACAAAAAAUUUAGAUGCAGAAAAUGUAGCAGAGACCCAAGUCACAGUUUUAUCCACUGUACAUUAAUGAGUGCAAUGACAUCACUCAGCUACUGAAAUACUUUAACACCUUAUAAUCUGUAACACAAAUUGUGUACUUUACACCUUUAUCAAUUUAUAACUCACUUGCAUCUCACUGAUUGUUAAUCAUAUAGACAAAUAACUUCACUAGCAAGUGAGUAAGGCUGUGACUAGGAUUUUGCACAACCUCAAAAUGAUUUCUGAAGUCAAAGUGUAUCCUUAAAUGUUUACAUAUGUGUUUCUGAUUCAUCCUGCUGCUGAAAACUUUACUUGAGUCAACAUUACAACAGUUCAUUUCCUUAAUGCUAAUGCUGACCUGUUUCAAAUAACUCUUUAAUUUUUAUUCAUAUUUUCAGAUACUGCACACUAAGAUAUGCUUUCUAUGUGCUGUUACACAUUGUGCAAUCUAGCAAAUAUUUAAACACACAAAGUAGUUUUCUAUGUAUUUUAAUAAAACUAAGACACCA